AUGGCCGACGACCCGUCGGCCCUCCUCGCGGAGGAGCGGGCCUACUCCUCCCGGCUGGCGCAGAAGGUCCAGGAGCAAGCCGCAGAGCUGAAGCGCCAGGCAGACGAGCUCGAGUGGGCGGCGGAGCAGAGGGAGGUGGCCAACGAGCGGCUGCAGGAGGUGGACCCGCUGUUCUUCGACAAGGGAUGGGGCGCGUGGUUGCGUGUGCAGCUGAGGGGGAAUGCGGGCAGGCGGGCGGUCAGCCCCGUGCGGGACCUGCUGAAGCCGAGGACAAACCCUUCGCACAUCGUGUCGGCGCUGGCGCAGCACAGGAGCGCGCUUUCGGAGGCGUCGGACCGGAUCAACAAGAAAGGCUACAGGUGCAGGAGAGAACCUGCAACUUAG